AUGUCGUCAAAAAACGUUGUUGUCGUUGGUGGCCACGGAAAGACUUGGCGCACACAUUUACCUCAACAGGUCGCCCUCAAGUUGCAGUCCCUUAUUCACCAACAACACAACAUGACCUCCAUCAUCCGUUCCUCCUCUCAAAUAACCGACCUUCAAGCUAUAUCCCCCUCGAUCAAAACCCUCGUUCUCUCACUCGAAGACUCCCCUGUGUCUGAUUUCACCCAAGCCUUCCAAGACGCUGACGCCGAUGUUGUAGUGUUUUCGGCUGGUGCAGGAGGUCAGGGCGGAGAUGAAAGGACGAAGAAAGUGGACUAUGAGGGGGCUGUCAAAGUGUUCGAUGCCAUCGAUGGUUUGCCUGAGGAGAGAAGGCAAAAGACGAGGUUGGUGAUUGUGAGUGGCAUAGAUCUGAAUCCAGAUGCCGUGCCAGAACAUUAUGACGAAAAAGACAAGGAAAUCUCCACCAGCACUCGCGCGGCCAUUGGAACCUAUAUGCAGUACAAAUACCUCGCCGAUAAGAACCUUACCGCCCGCUCCUCCUUCCCCUGGUUCAUACUUCGACCGUCGUGGCUGAGCAAUGAGCCUGGCACGGGAAAAGCGAGCAUCGGAAGGACGCAUUUGUACCCGCUGCUUUCGAGAGACGAUCUUGCGGAAGUGUUAAAGGCGGUGAUCGAAAAUCCAGACGCGAAGGGUUUGGCCAUGGAUAUCGUGGGAGGCGAAGAGCCGAUUGCGGAGGGAGUGGAGAGGUUUGUCAAGAAGGGUGUGAGCGACUGGUUAGAUUGA